AGACCAGAACUGAGAGAGUCUUUGUACUGGGAGAGAGAGUGAGAGAGCGAGAGAGAGAGCGAGAGAGAGAGCAGUGUAUUUUCAGGUCUGCUCAGUGGGGCAGAGGGACACGGAGUUUGCCUGAAUUUCGUCACACACAUGCACUUGGAGUUCACGUCAAAACCUGGAUUUUCAUUCACACAUUUACUAAGAUGUUUCAAGGGUGGUCUCUUGCCCUGCAUCUGGCUCUUCUGUGCUGGCUGGCUGCUUCCCUGCAGGUUAUAGCAGAGCGAGGCUCCCGGGCUCACCUGGACCUGACAGAGUUAAUCGGCAUCCCUCUGCCUCCGUCAGUCUCCUUCACCUCUGGCUAUGAGGGUUUUCCUGCCUACAACUUUGGGCCUGAAGCCAACAUCGGUCGACUCACCAAGACCUUUGUACCGGGGUCCUUCUAUAAGGACUUUGCCAUCAUCGUCACGGUGCGACCGUCGAGCCAAAGAGGUGGGAUGUUGUUUGCCAUCACCGAUGCCCAGCAGAAGGUGGUGGAGCUGGGAUUGGCUCUCACUCCGGUGCGUGACGGCCUGCAGAGCAUCUUACUUUACUACACUGACAGAGAACAGAUGUCGCACAGUCACAAAGCUGCCACCUUCACUGUGCCGGACAUGACUGAGCAGUGGACACGCUUCACGGUGGUGGUGGAGCGUGAUGAGGUUCGUCUCUACAUGGACUGUGGAGAAGCAGAGAGGACGACGUUCCGCCGACGGCAGGAAGGACUCACGUUUUCUCACAACUCGGGCGUCUUUGUUGCCAACGCUGGAAGCACCGGGCUGGACAAGUUUGUGGGCUCCAUUCAGCAGCUAGUGAUAAAAGACGACCCGAGGGCAGCCGUGGAGCAGUGUGAAGACGAUGAUCCUUAUGCAUCAGGAUACGGCAGUGGAGAUGAAAAUCUGGACGACAGAGAGACAGAGGAGGAAAUGAUGAAGAAGAUGCAGCAAAGAAAACCUAACACAGAGCAGGAAGACAGUGUUCCAGUCAGAGCUCCGCCCACUGAGGCUCCAGAGGUGGAGCUUGAUGAGUAUUCUGGUCACAUGACACCAACAGAGGCCAAUGAGGAAAUGUUGAUUACAGACCCACGUGAGACGGACGAGGCAGGAGAGAAAUCAGGAGACGGUCACCUUAAGCCUGGGUUGAAAGGAGACCGUGGAGAUCCUGGACAACCUGGUCCACCUGGUCCACCAGGUCCGACCCCUCUACCUGGACAGUCUAAGCCUGGACCACGGGGGCCCCAAGGGUCACCGGGGACCCCAGGAUUCCCUGGACUGCCAGGGAAAGAUGGAGAGAAGGGAGACAAGGGUGUUAAAGGCGAUGCUGGUCAGAGAGGAGCUCAAGGAUUUCCUGGUUUGGACGGAGAAGCUGGAUCCAAAGGAGAGAAAGGAGAAACAGGACUUGGUUUCCCAGGCCCUCCAGGCCUCCCCGGACCACCUGGACCUCCGAGAUCCCGGAGUGUACCUUACGGAGCAGACGCUCUUGGUUCUGGCUUUGAGGACUUUGACAGCGACACUGAACUCAUCAGGGGUUCUCCUGGUCCACCAGGUCCUCCCGGGCCACCCGGUCCCCCUGGACCCAACCUGUCACCUAACACACCUCACGGCCUCCUUCCUGGUCACGCUGGUCCACAUGGUGUCCCAGGAAAAGACGGACUCCAAGGAAAACCUGGAAUACCGGGUUCUGCAGGAAACGAUGGAGUUCCAGGUCAACAGGGAACCACCGGAGAGAAGGGUGAUCAAGGCUUACCUGGACCACCUGGACCUAAGGGUGAAUGUGGGUCUCAUGGCACAGCAGGAUCACAGGGUCCACAAGGGCCCACUGGCCCUGAGGGGAGGACAGGCCCUGCUGGUCCUCCAGGACUACCUGGACCCCCUGGUCCUUCAGGAACGAAAUACUUUAUAGAGGAUAUGGAAGGAUCUGGAAAGAGUGACAUGCUCAUUGGGGCUGGAGUCAGAGGUCCACAGGGUCCUCCUGGUCUACCUGGUCUACAAGGACCCAAGGGUGAGGAUGGAGCUCCGGGGAUCUCUGUUAAAGGUGAACCAGGAGACCCAGGACCUGAGGGUCUUCAGGGUCCUGCUGGACUACCAGGCGCUCGGGGUGCUAAAGGAGAAAAGGGAAGUCUAGGCUUGAAGGGAGAUCGGGGUGAAGGUGGACUCAGUUUCCCAGGACCACCAGGGCCCCCUGGACCUCCGGGGACUAUUAUCAAUUUACAGGAUCUGCUCCUCAAUGUCACAGAUGGAAUUUUCAACCUCACAGAGAUCAGAGGACCACCAGGACCCAACGGACCUGAAGGUUUGCCAGGCAGAGCUGGGUUUCCUGGUCCCAGAGGACCAAAGGGAGACAGCGGCUCCCCAGGUGCCCACGGGCCACCAGGGAUUAAAGGAGAAAAAGGAGAGUCAGGAGUGACCAUUGCUGCUGAUGGAUCUCUAUUAUCUGCUCCCAGGGGUCCACAUGGGCCCAAAGGCAUCAAGGGGGACCGUGGGUUCCCAGGAGCUACUGGACUGAUGGGCCCGAUAGGACCGACUGGACAAAAAGGAGAAUAUGGUUUCCCUGGUCGCCCGGGGCGACCUGGUUUGCCCGGAAGAAAGGGUGACGGAGGAGAUGCUGAUGGUCGGCCGGGACCACCGGGUCCUCCAGGUCCUCCAGGACUUCCAGGAAGAAUUCUUGGUUUAAAUGGAACAGUGUUCCCGGUGCGACCCAGACCGCACUGCAAACAGGGACCAGGGUCAGUGGCAAGGAGAGGAGAUUCAUUUGGAUCCAAAGGCGACAAAGGGGAGGUUGGAUUACCUGGAGAACAAGGGACACCUGCUCCUGCAUUCGUAGAUGGAAUUGUGGGAGAAAAAGGUGAUCAGGGAAACCAAGGUGAGAAGGGAGAAAAGGGUGACGCCGGUGAACCUGGACCUCCAGGACUGCCCGGCAGAUCUGGUCUUGUAGGUCCAAAGGGUGAGUCCAUCGUGGGUCCUUCAGGUCCUGCUGGUUCUCCUGGCCAACCUGGACCCGCUGGGUUUGGACGACCUGGACCUAGAGGCCAGCCAGGUCCUGCUGGACCUCCAGGACCUUCAUAUGAAUCCAGUACAUCUGUAAGCGUUCCAGGUCCUCCUGGUCCUCCAGGUCCACCAGGAUCUUCAGGACAUGGAAACAUGGUGACCACGUACAAAACGGUCCACGCUCUGACCAGAGAGAGUCAACGCGCUGCAGAGGGAACACUGGCUUAUGUGUCAGAGCAAGGAGGAGAGCUGUACGUCAGGGCUCGGAACGGCUGGCGUAAGAUCCAGCUUGGAGAGCUGAUUCAAUCAGGACCUUCGUCCUCAGCAGCGUCUCAUGCUCUCAGCAGGACUGGAGAAUGGAGCAGGACACACAGGAGCCACAGCCAGGAGCUGCAGGAGAACAACCGAGGAUAUCAGCCCAGCUUUAAUGUUCUACCACAGACCUUCAACGACGUUUCUGGGCUCCACCUGGUGGCGUUGAACGCUCCACUGAAAGGGGACAUGCGCGGAAUCCGCGGCGUGGACUUCCAGUGCUACCAGCAGGCUCGCUCCAUGGGACUGACUGCCACCUACAGGGCCUUCCUGUCCUCACACCUGCAGGACCUGGCAACUAUAGUGAGGAAGGUGGACCGCACAGCCAUGCCUGUGGUUAAUCUCAAGGGUGACGUGUUGUUCAGUAGUUGGACCUCCAUCUUCUCAGGAAAUGGAGGCUCAUUUAAUCCGUCCACACCAAUUUAUUCCUUUGACGGACGCAACGUUAUGACUGAUUCAGCCUGGCCAGAGAAGUUGAUGUGGCACGGCUCCAGCUCGGUCGGGAUCAGACUGACCACAAACUACUGCGAGGCGUGGAGGACGUCCGACAUGGCGGUGACGGGUCAGGCGGCGCUGCUGCACACGGGACGACUGCUGGGUCAACACGCUCGCUCCUGCUCCAACCACUACAUCGUCCUGUGUAUAGAGAACACGUAUGUGGGCAGCACACACCCACGGAGGCCGUGACCACACACACAUGGCAAACACACACACACACACACACGUGAACACAUGAGGAAACACACACACACACACACGUGAACACAUGAGGAACGUAGGGAAUGUGAAUGGGAAACACAUGUAGGCACAUACAUACAUACAUACAUACAUACAUGAUCAUUUGUCACUGUUUCACUGAAAGUACAGACAAAAACAAAAUUCCCCCAAAAACUGUUUUGCCACUAAAUUCUUGUUUCCUUUUUUUUUAAAUCUAUGAACAAUACGGAUAAAUGGAAGUUAAUCUGUCUGAGCAGAUUUUUAAUUUUGAAAAUCUCUAAAUUUCUAUCUUUAUUUUGCGUUGGAAAUUAUGUAUUUAAUUUUUUUUUUGUCUCUAAACUCCACAAAUGUUUUUUAAUGUCUCAUUUUCACCUUUUAUUUUUCCAAUAUGGUUUGAAAUGUUAAUCUUAAAAUAUAAUAAUAUAUAUAUAUCCAAGAGUAUCAAAUUCAGCCAUAUUCGACGAAAGAAAAUAAUCUUGUACAAACAGACCCGAAAAAAAAUCUCCUAAAAGUCACCAAUCCUUUCUUAAAUUUUGAACAAAUUGUGUCAUUUUAAAAAAUCUCCCCAAACAUCCAAUAAUUUCUUCCUCAGACUGAAACUUUAAAAAAUACGUCCGAUAUUUUUUUGACUUUUCAAAUGGAAAAAAACGUCCGAAAAACGUAAAAUGUUUGGCAAAGAAAAUUUAAACGAAUCAACGAUUGCUUUCUUUGAGGAAAAAUUGAAGGCUUGACUCAACCUUGAUCACUGUCUGGCGCCCCCUGUUGGAACGAACCUCGUCAGGAGGAUGUGAACUUUAACCCCGCUGCUUGUAAUGUACUUUAGCGUUAGCAUUAGCGUUGAAAUCAGCGUGUGAAUUUCAUUAAUUUAUCCUGUAGCAGGUCAAAGUGUGAAAAUCUAGUCCAUUCACUUUUUCUGUCUUAGACUUUAAUGAUGUUGGAACAUGUAUAUAUAUAAAUAUAUAUAAUUGUGUUGUCAGGUUUUUUUUUUUCUACUCGUAGACGUAGAGUUUUUUGUUUUUCUUCUCACCGCGUACGUCUCUGUUCACAUUCAGUUCAGUUGUUGUCUGGACUUUUUUGUUUGUUUCUUUUUUUUUAUUGAGCUUCGAAAGUAAAGAGACACAUUUGUACUGACCAGUGUUCACGCUCAAAUAAAAGUACACGUCUGGUUCUGUGGUUUUUUUUAAA